CAUUAUUAUUUAUCCAAUAUUCAACGUAUAAUUUAGUUAGUGUUUGGCGCGCCAAUUAAUUUUGGUAAAUUUGAUAAAAAAUACUACUAAUUUUUCUAGAAUGGAUCUUAUAACAUUUAUACUAACAAGUCUGUUGAUCGGUUUUCUUCUUCAUUUUAUCAGCGAUCCAAUCAAAAAGGAAAUAGAAAAAUUGAAGCACAGAAGAAAAAUUGCUGAAGUUAUCGAUCAGCUUCCAGGACCAAAAUGGUAUCCUAUUGUGGGCUGCGCCUGGUUGUUUUUAAUGGCAGAAAGAAAAGAUUUUUGGAAAGUCCUUAGAAAAAGAUGUGAUAUGUAUAAACCAUUGUUUAGAACAUGGAUGGGCAAAUAUCCUAUAAUUCAUGUUAUGAAAGCAGAACACGUAGAGAUAGUUCUAAACAACAGCUUUGAAAAAAGUCUGUUAUAUAGAUUUUUUAUUCCCUGGGCUGGAACGGGACUGUUUCUACAACCUGAUAUUUCAAUAUGGCGUUCCCGCAGAAAAAUCCUCACACCAACAUUCCAUUUUGCUAUCCUUGAUGACUUCCAGGACAUUUUCAAUGAAAAAUCGCAAACAUUAGUAAAAUUGUUAUCUGAAAAAUCCAAUGGAGAGUAUUUCGAAGUUACCAAUCUACUAGCUCGUUGCUCGUUGGAUUUUAUUUGUGAGACGGCAAUGGGAACAAAAAUAAAUGCAUUGGAAAAUGAUUCUGAAUUUUUAAAGGCAGUUUUUGAGUUGCCUCAAUUAAUAACUUACAGAACUUAUACGCCUUUACUUCACAAUGAUUUUAUUUUUAAAUUUACCCAAUUAAAGAAAAAACAAGACAAAUUACUUUCGAUUGUUCAUGGAUUUUCAAGAAAGGUAAUUCGUGAAAAACGCGAGAAAUUGCAAAAUAACAACCAACUAAAGAAGCGAACAUCCGAGGAGGAAAAAAUCAUGGGACGAAAAGAGAGAAAAGCCUUCUUGGAUUUACUCCUUGAAGGUAACACCAUGCUAAGCGAUGAGGAAAUCAGACAGGAAGUGGAUACCUUUGUGUUAGCCGGACAUGAUACAACAGCAGUGGCGAUCGGCUGGACUUUGUUCGCCUUGGCCAAUUAUCCUGACAUUCAAGCCAAAGUUCAAGCGGAAUUGGACGAAAUCUUCCAAGGCAAAGAGAGACCGAUGACUCCUGAAGAUAUUAUUAGAUUGAAGUAUUUGGACAGAGUAAUUAAGGAAGUUUUAAGACUGUAUGUUCCUGCGCAUAUAGUUGGGAGAAAAUUAGACAAGGAAAUAGUUUUAGAUAAUCUGAAAAUUCCUCAUGGAGUGAUGGUCUCCGUGGAUCUGUUUCAACUUCACCGAGACCCUGAACAAUGGCCUGACCCCGAACGGUUUGAUCCUGACCGUUUCCUCCCCGAGAUAGCUUCGCAAAGACAUCCAUACGCGUAUUGUCCAUUUAGCGCGGGACCCAGAAAUUGCAUCGGUCGUAAGUUUGCUGCCCGCAUUACAAAAACCGAAGUGGCAUGGAUAUUAAGAAGAUUUAACAUUAAGAGCAUCGAGACUCCGCAAAAUGUUGAAGUUUAUUCGGAAGUCCUGAUGCGGCCCCAAAAUGGACUUCACAUAGCGCUUCAGGAAAGACAAUAAAUUGUUUUA